AUGUUUCAUUGCCGUUCUACUUUUAGGGUUGUGCAAUUUGUUAGUAUAAUUCUGAGCCUUAAAAAUUUCGCAAAAAAAUUUUACGCUGCAAAUGCCAUGGAAAUGUUGCUCCUUUCCGUAUUAGGGCCUGUGCUUCGAUGCGCUUGGCAACUCAAUUCCUCUCAGGUGGCACUCAUCACCACUGUGGUUUUUAUUGGCUUCUUUUUCGGUGCGCCAAUUUGGGGUUUGUUCUCAGACAGGUUUGGACGGAAGAGGUGUUUUGUCCUCGUGCUUUCGUGGGUUUCAUACACAGGUCUUGCCACCGCUGUGAGCCCAAACUUCAUCUGGCUGAUCAUUCUUCGUGGGCUGGUCGGAUUCGGUAUUGGUGGAGAGGGUAGCGCAUACACUUUGAUGUCUGAAUUUCUUCCAGUCAAAUAUCGAGCCAAAGUUUUAAUAGGAAUUUCAAUAUUUUGGGCAAUCGGCAGCACCAUGGAAAUCGGUCUGGCCUUUGUUGUUCUGCCCAAAUUAGGCUGGCGUUGGUUGGUCUUCUUCUCAGCAGUACCUAUUGUCAUGUUCUGUUUCUUAACUCCGAUGAAAUUUGAGAACUGCAAAAAAAUGAGCACGCGUUUGUCUGCUGAAGUGUAUGGCGGUCGUCAACGUGAAAAUUGCAUGUUUAGCUAUCUAGGACACCUUAAUCCAGUGCUUACCAGAGUCGGUGCACUAUCUCAUGACCGCAAACAGAAAGGAGGAAGCGGCGGAAGUAAUAAAGAAAAUGGCUUUAUUGAAUCGGUGUAUUCCUUUGGAGGGCGAACUCGUCCACUCGGCACCUCUGGCCACUUAACAUUGAACGCGAAACUACAAAAUCGUAGCCGGUUUCCUUUUACUCGCGCUAUUUUAUUUGCGAAAACGAUCUUCCCAGCGCACGGUGCGUCCUUAUGCGCGGCGAGAUACGUUGAUGCUGCGAACUUUGAACUGUUUGUUUUAGCCACGUUUUUCUCCAAACGGUGA